AUGGAGGACGAGCACCAGGAACUUCAUUUUCCACAGGAGCAGCAGUCUGUGAGACUGAGGGUACAGAGCGCUGAGCAAAAUCUGGUGCGUGCAAGUGACUAUACAGGCGUGGACGGAGCUAUCGCAGAGUUCCACCAAGAGAGUUCACGUCAGCACGAGCAGGAGACAGGACACUCAAUCGCUCAUCGAGAGGUGGACGCCACUGCCGACGGCCCCCUUCCCGCCGCCAUCGAUCCGCGCGUCAGGUGGACCGACCGCUCCCACAACAACCGGCGGGCCCAACCAACUCGCAACUGCAAGUCCGCGAACGCUGUCGCAGAGCGCAAGGAACGCGGUGCGGACACGAGGGAAGGGAGGGCGGUGGUUGACGCAGGGAGCUCCAGAGGGACUGUUGGUCGGCCUGCACCUCCCCGCGAGCCGGCACAUCUGUCGACAAGUAGGUCGGUCGAGCAGUGGGGACCCUUGCCUGCCGACACUCCCGGUAGUUCAACGUCCACCCAUGCUUGUGCAAUUUGUCAACACGUGCAGCCUCCCCGCGGCUGCAAGCGGAAGGCUCCCGCCUGCCAUAAUGCGGAGGACGGCACCGAGGGCGAGGAGCCAAGGGCGAAGCGGGUCAAGACAGCCGUUGCGAAGAAACCGAUGGUGGUGCAGGUGAAGGCUGCCGCUGCGAAGAAGCCGAGGAAGAAGCAGGUCAAGGUUGCCUCGGCGAAGAAGCCGAGGGCAAAGCAGGUCAAGGCUGCCACUGCGAAGAAGUCCCAGCUUUUUUGCCCACAUCCGGCCUGCAAAGCUACAUUCGGACGCGACGGAGACCUCAGGUGGCAUCACAGGGAGACCAGGUCAUGUCCACUGUACACCGGCGAGUGUCUCCGGUCUUGGCGGAUCGACCUGUUUGUUUCCUUUAGCUGCCCUUUGUACCUGCGCUCGUCUGCGUUCUAG